AUGUACAAUGCAAUGGUAAGGAAAGGUAAAAUAGAUGUAAACACUGGUGAAGAAAUUCCAGAAGACGCUGUAGAAUCAAUGGUUUUUGUUCAUAAUUUUUUAAAUGAAGGUUGUUGGCAAGAAAUUCUGGAAUGGGAGAAACCAUACACCGACGUAACCAGAGUUGCUCCAAAAUUGUUACAAUUUAUGGGUAAACCAGGUGAAUUAAGUCCAAGAGCAAGAUUUUAUUCCACUUUAGGGAAUUGGUUUCCUAGUUAUUUUAAUAAUGAACCUCCUUUUGAUAGACAUGAUUGGGUUGUCUUAAGAGCUGAUCCAUCUUCAAAUGACCCUGAAACUCCAGGUCAUAGAAAGGUUCGUUACGUUAUUGACUUUUACGGCGCUCCUGAUGACGAGGAAGGGCUGCCAUCAUUUAAUGUUGAUGUGAGGCCUGCAUUAGAUAACUAUUCUAAUGCAAAAGAUCGGAUAAUUCGUUACACUCAACAGACAAUGGACAAAUAUUUUGGAGAUGAUAAUUCUAAAAAUUAA